AAUUCGGUAUAUACUCCGUCUUAGUGGGUUCUGGUCUUGUCGCAACGACGUAGUUUUGAAGUCAAAUCUCUCUUUCUAGACUUUCCGGCGUACUAAGACUUAACCGAAAACGGAGCCGGAGCUGGAACUAGUUUUGUUCAGAGAACCAGAAUACUCUGUUUCGUUCCAGUACGGUUGUACCGCAGCUUUCACUCGGUGAGUUGAUUCAUUGUAGCACCGAACCACCGUCCGUACUUCUCCACUUCAAAUGAUUGGCACACGUUCCCUGCAGUUCAUCCGGUUUUGAUUUUUUUUUAGCCGAAAUGAAAAAGAUGCAAUCAGGGUAUGAUAUUAAUGAUCUCUUUCAAGAAGCUCAAAUCCGUUGGCUGAAGCCUGCUGAAGUGCUCUUCAUUUUACAGAACCAUGAGAAGUACAAACUUACCCAGGAGCCGCCUAAAAAGCCAACAAGUGGAUCUUUGUUGCUCUAUAACAAGAGGAUCCUUCGGUUUUUUCGUAAAGAUGGCCAUAAUUGGCGUAAAAAGAAGGAUGGAAGAACUGUUGGGGAAGCACAUGAACGCCUUAAGGUCGGAAAUGUUGAAACUUUGAACUGUUAUUAUGCGCAUGGAGAAGAGAAUCCCAGUUUUCAGAGACGUAGCUAUUGGAUACUUGAUCCGGCGUAUGAGCACAUUGUUCUUGUUCAUUACAGAGACAUAGCUGAGGGAAAUUCCAGUUCUGGAUCAGGAUCUGGAUCUGGCUCUGGGUCUGGGUCUGGCUCUGCUGCUCAACUAUCACCAGAAUCAAUAAUGUCGUUCAGCCAGAGUCCUAGCCCCUGUAAUACUCAAAAUGCAGGAUCUCUGUGUGUUAGUGAUUAUCAGAGUUUUACUCCAGGGUCAAUAGAAGUUACUUCAGAUUUAGUAAUCCAAUUAAAUGGAAGCGGGCAUUGUGACAGUAUGGAUGGAACAGAAGGGGUAUUUGGUGCAACACAGGGUGUUGUUAAUCAAGCUUUGCGAAAACUUGAGGAGCAAUUAAGUCUAAAUGAGGAUAGCGUUAAAAACUUUGAGUCACCUAGUCAACUUGAAGAUCCAAAUGAUCCAGAUAUACUGGAAUAUGAUAGUCAGGUGUACCAUCAAAAUAAGUUGUUAGAUUUUAAUGGACCAGGAAAUCUUGCAGGUGAUCAAUGCUAUUCUGGAUAUGAUGGGGUGCCAGGUGACAGUGGUGGAGAUCAUCAUCAACUCCUUGAACAUGAACAUAGGUAUGGAGGAAAAGAAUCCGUAUCCUGGAAAGAGGUGCUUGACUCGUGCAAUAUUUCUUCAGGAAUCGAGUGCCAGAAUAAUCAUGCAUUGUUGAAUGGAAAUCAGCUUGAAUUUACAAGAAAUGGACCAACCGAAGAGCAGGAAUACCUUCAAUGGCAGAAUCCCAAUAGUAGCAUUGUUAAUAAUGCUUCCUCGUUGAUGUGUCAAGAAGUUGACAAUCUUAAAAUUUCUUCAUAUCCAUCUACAUCAAAAGUUUUUGACACCAAUUCAGAUUAUUAUGCUAUGUUCUUUGGUCAAGGCCAAAUUGGACCUCUUGAGUCAGGUGUAAGUCUGACUAUUGAACAAAAGCAGAGAUUUACAAUUCGGGAGGUAUCGCCGGAAUGGGGAUAUACCACUGAGGCUACAAAGAUCAUCAUUGUCGGAUCAUUUCUUUGUGAUUCAUCAGAAUCUGCAUGGAAUUGUAUGUUUGGUGACAUUGAAGUUCCUGCUCAAAUCAUUCAAGAGGGAGUAUUACGUUGUGAAGCUCCUCCUCACCCCUCUGGGAAGGUGACUAUCUGCAUUACUGCUGGUAAUCGACAAUCUUGCAGUGAAGUCAGAGAGUUCGAGUACCGUCUUAAGCCUAGCAGUUAUGUUCAAAGUAAUCCACCUUCGACAGAAUCAACAAAGAGUCCAGAGGAGUUGCUACUACUCGUCAGAUUUGUUCAGAUGCUCUUGUCAGAUUCAUCAAUGCCAAAUAGAGAUUCUAAUGUAUUGGAUGCCCCUCAAAAAUUGACAGCUGAUGUAGAUUCUUGGGAUAGUCUAAUAGAGUCUCUUUUAGUUGGUAGUGGUACUUUAUCUAGUACUAUUGACUGGAUUCUUGAAGAGCUUCUGAAAGACAAGUUACUGCAGUGGAUAUCUUCUAGAUCCCGGGAACAACAAGAUCAGACAGGAUGCUCAUUAUCCAAGAAAGAGCAAGGGAUAAUACACAUGGUUGCUGGGUUGGGAUUUGAAUGGACCUUAAACCCUAUUCUUAGUUCUGGAGUGAGUAUAAAUUUCUGUGACAUCAAUGGAUGGACUGCUCUACACUGGGCAGCUCGCUUUGGAAGGGAAAAAAUGGUUGCUGCGCUUAUAGCUUCUGGUGCAUCAGCUGGAGCAGUGACAGAUCCAAGUUCACAAGAUCCAACAGGGAAAACAGCUGCGUCUAUUGCAGCCACCAGUGGGCACAAGGGACUUGCUGGUUAUCUUGCAGAAGUAGCAUUAACUAGCCACCUGUUAUCCCUUACACUGGAAGAAAGUGAACUUUCUAAAGGCUCUGCUGAGGUUGAAGCUGAAAAAACUGUAAAUAGUAUAUCAAAUCAUGGCUUUAUCGCCCAUGAGGAUCCGCUUUUGCUUAAACCUACUUUGGCUGCUGUCCGGAAUGCAGCUCAGGCUGCUGCACGCAUACAGUCCGCUUUCAGGGCACAUUCCUUCAGAAAACAACAACAGAAAGAAGCUGUUGGCUCUAGUGUAGAUGAGUAUGGUAUCAGUUUGAACGAAAUUUCUGCAAUGUCAAAGCUGAAAUUCCGCAACCCACGUGAUUACAAUUCAGCUGCAUUAUCUAUUCAGAAAAAGUACCGUGGGUGGAAAGGACGCAAGGAUUUCCUAGCUCUACGUCAGAAAGUUGUCAAGAUACAGGCUCAUGUGAGAGGUUAUCAGGUUAGGAAAAAUUACAAAGUAAUCUGUUGGGCUGUUGGAGUUCUAGAAAAGGUUGUACUGAGGUGGCGACGAAAAGGAGCCGGUUUGCGUGGUUACCGGCCUGAGACAGACUGUACUGAUGAAAGUGAAGAUAUUCUUAAGGUGUUCCGCAAGCAGAAAGUCGAUGGAGCAAUUAAGGAGGCUUUCUCCCGUGUAAUGUCAAUGGUGAAGUCCUCAGAGGCACGUCAACAAUACAUUCGCGUGUUUGAGAAGUACUGCCAGGUUAAGGGCGAACGUGGUAACGCGAGCACUGAAGCAGCAGCAGCAUCGGCCGAACUUGCUGAUUUGUACGGGUUAGAAGAUGUGGAUAUGUUUUCAUUCCCAUAGCACCAACUUCAAGUCAACCUAACUUCCUCUUUAAAUUACCAGUUAAGAAGCUAAGCUAGUAGAUGAGAAUUGAGAUGGUUAAUAAUAGAUUGUUUAUGUACAUAGUAAUAGUCUCUAGCCUGGAGUGGAGUGGAGUUAAUGUAAAGUGGCACUGGUUGAUAUACCUGCUUGCUUUAUCUUUACAUUUUAUGCUAGUUGUCGUUAAUUUAGAUGGAUAUUCCUAUAAGCAACACUUGUUGUGUUGUGUGAAUUUAAUUGAAUGAAAAAAUUAAGAAUUGUUUUUCUAGAA